CUAUAUGACAUUUUUUCACACUAUUUUGUAUACCGCCUUUUCUUUUUGUUUACAACCGAAAUUUCAUAAAUAAAUCGUGUAAGCAUGAAAGUAGCUGUAGAAGGAUGUGCCCAUGGCGAACUGGAGCGCAUAUAUGAAACCAUCGCGGGAAUCGAAAAGGAAAGCGGAACCAAGAUCGACCUCCUACUGUGCUGUGGCGACUUCCAAUCCACCCGGAAUGUGGAGGAUUUGCAGACGAUGGCGGUUCCUAAGAAAUACCUGGACAUGUGCACCUUUUACAAAUACUACAGCGGCGAGCUGGUGGCUCCAGUGCUGACCAUUUUCAUUGGCGGCAACCACGAGGCCUCCAAUUACCUGCAAGAGCUCCCUUACGGCGGCUGGGUGGCUCCCAAUAUCUACUACCUCGGCUACGCGGGCGUGGUCAAUGUAAAUGGAGUUCGCAUCGCGGGAAUUAGUGGGAUCUAUAAGGGUCACGACUUUUUGCGCGGCCACCACGAAUAUCCGCCGUACACGGACUCCACCUGCCGCAGUGUCUAUCACGUGCGGCAGUUGGAAGUGUUCCGGCUGAAGCAGUUGUCCGGACGAGUGGAUAUCUUCCUCUCACACGACUGGCCCACCGGGAUCUAUGAGUACGGCAACAAGGCGCAGCUGCUGCGCAAGAAACCCUUCUUUGCGGCGGACAUGGAGAGCGGUAAGCUGGGCAGUCUGCCGCUGGAGGAGCUGCUGAAAGCCGUCCAGCCAGCAUACUGGUUCGCUGCCCAUCUGCACUGCAAGUUUGCCGCCCUGGUGCCGCAUAAUCACAGCCAGCAGCGAGCGGAUGAUGCAUCUUCCUCCUCCAGCAGCAGCAGUGAGGAUGAAGACGAGGAGAAGGAAAAGAAGGCUGCUCCUCUCCCCCCUUCGAAACCGGUUCCUGUGACCAAAUUCCUGGCAUUAGACAAAUGCCUGCCGCGACGUGCUUUCCUGCAAGUGGUGGAGAUUCCAAGUGACCCAAUUGAAGGUAAUCCACGCCUGGAAUACGACGCCGAAUGGCUGGCCAUCUUGCACAGUACCAAUCAUUUGAUUUCUGUAAAGGAUAACUACUACUAUUUGCCUGGAAAAAAGGCGGGAGCACUUACAGAACGCUUUAACUUCACGCCCACCGAGGAGGAAUUGGAAGCUGUGACCACAAAGUUCCAGAAACUCCAGGUGCCGGAGAACUUUGAGCGCACUGUACCAGCUUUUGAUCCUAAGGAGCAAUCCAACUACAAGCGCAUGGUUGUGGGACAACCAAAGGUCCAUCUGAAUCCCCAAAGCAAUACCUUCUGCGCCGCCUUAGGCAUAGAUGAUCCACUGUGCUUGGUUUUGCUGGCGAACGGCAAGGACCUGCCAGCAGUGGGAUCUGCAGAGACAACGGUACCCGCGAAUGAAAGUGUUGUAGAAGAGCAACCAGAAGAAGAAAUGGCUGAGCUCCUAGUCACGCCUACAAAAAGGAAACUGAAUUUAGCCCUGCCAGCUCCCAUAGCAAAAGCUGCAGAUACCACCGACAAAAACGUAAUCGAUUUGCCCGAUGAGGAGAAACCAGAACCAGAAGAAGCUGAUCAACCCACAGUAGCAGUUACAACGGAGGAACCCGCUCCCGUGCUCGCUAGUCCCAAUCUUAAGAAACUGAAGCGACGCAACCAGGACAUUUACCAAGCUCAAGAAGAUUAAAACCUAACAAAGUCCGUGAAAGCGGAGCGAUUUCUACAAAAAAAAGAGGCAAUUUU